GCCGCCCACGAUGGGGCAUCUGACGCAAACAGGGAGAAGAGGACCAGCCGAGCUUGCCUGACAUGUCGAAAGCGCAAAUCCGCCUGUCAUCUGCCUAUCAUAGAUGGUCUAGUAAGCACCCCAUGCGCCAGAUGCAAGUCCACCGGUCAGGUUUGUGUCAUUGGUGGCAGCAAUCGUGGCGGACGUCGCGUGAGAAAGCGCACUUUAGACGGGUCUGAAUAUGCGAACAUGAACCAGGUGCCGCACAUGGUCCCCUCGCCCAGUCCCGCAGCUUUUCUAGACCCGGCUCUGCGCUCGGACAGCAACAAUGCAUUCGCCAGGCCUGGUGCGACGCGGGAGUCGUCCCUAGGAUCCAACAACCUUGGAAUGAACGAAAUGCUCAAUCCUUCUGAUGCUUUAGGUAUCCUUGCGCAAAUUGCGAGCAACGGCGAGCCUUCUUACCACACGGGAGCGAAUGGAGGCUCGUCAAUAGUCCACUACACGCUAGACUACCCGUUGAUCAGAGACGGACGGCUUAGUCAGGCUCGUAUUGUCGAUCUGCUGCGGCGAUAUAAGCAUUGGUAUCAUCCUUACUUUCCCCUUGUCCCAGCGGCCACUCUCGACACAGCCGACCUCGGCCGAACAGCCCGGGAUGAGAAGCACCUACUGACUGCGAUCCUCGUGAUUGCCUCUCGGGACUUGGUUGAGGAACCUGGUGUCUUCGUCGCUUGCUCAGAGUAUAUGCGAACCUUGGUCUCGGCGCUAGCGGCCGGCGGACCUGCAAACGUGGAGGCUGUCGAAGCCUUGCUGCUGCUCGCAGAGUGGACGCCAUACACAUCUCGAGGUGAUGCGGGUCACGUAGGACGAGGUGAGGAAGACCGCGAAGCGUGGAUGCACGUCGGAGUUGCGCUUCGCAUCGGCUACUUCCUGGGGUUAGAUCGAUACUCAUUCGCAGUCAAGGGUGACGAUGUCAAGGACCCGCAAUGGCAGAGAAAGCGGCUCGUAUGGACAGCCUGUUAUAUCAGCGAUCGCCAGAUCUCCAUACGUCUUGGCCGUGCUUUCUGGUCUCGGGGUCCAGGACCGCUUACCACUUUGCGAAAGGAAGACUUUCCGAUGCUAGCACCCUCCGAACCAGGCGGCGAAGACUUCGCAAGCAUCUUCCAAGCAACCCUCGAGCUGACCCUGCUCUUCUCCAACGUACACGAUGUGCUAUAUUCGAACCCAGGUAACAGCAUGCGAAGCCACUUAUCUGGCGGCUAUAUCAAGUACAUCGACGACUUCCGGAGUGCGAUUUACGGUUGGAAGUCCGUUUGGGGCACACUUACGUGCUCGGCGAACCUCAAAGCCACCCUCCUCAUGAGCUACGAUUACCUAAGGCUGUACACGAAUGCCUUUGCCUUCCACGCUACGGUGAAGCGUGCUUUGGCUCAAGACCAAAGCGCUGAACCAAUGAAGCAAAAGCGCAGUCCAUCCGUGCAACGCGUGUUCUACAACAAUGUUGGCGCAGUGGGUGACGCAAGGUUCAUCUACGAGGGCCUGGAUGCCGCCAAGAGCCUGCUAAGCAUGUGCAAUACCUUCGUCGAACCGGAGAAAGCUUUGCGGUACAUGCCACUUCGUUUUUACCUGUAUUGCGUGUACAGUGCUGUCUUUUUGUACCGCGCCAGGUGCGCCGGCGUACUAUCAGCGGACGAAGAGCGGUCGGUGCGGCAGAUGGUGCAAGAGACCAUCAACCGGCUUGAGCGUUCUGGCAUUGGUUCUCACCAUCCUGGCAGCCGAUACUCGCAGCUGCUAAGGCUUCUCUGGGACAAAGUCGAUCGCAAAGAGCACAGACGAGCUCAAAGCACAGCGACCCUAACCAACCCGUACAGACCUGGCAGUGAUGGGCCUACGCCAGGCUCGAACGCGUCAAUCCUGCAGCAUUCUCCCGACUUGAAUGAGACUAUGGGUGACUUCUCAUGGACCGAUCUGGACGCUAUUGGCAACUUCGCCGUCAACGGAAACAAUGGCAACCAGGUUAACGAUCCUGUCUGGUGGUCUGGCUUUCUACCUACCGAC